AUGGAAUGGCUCGAUGCUGAUUCCGCUACCAGUAGUGCGCGCCGUCGCAACGGCAAGCCGGCGUCGUGCGAGCCCUGCCGACGCGACAAGGUUCGCUGCGACCAUGCCUUGCCUACAUGUAGUCGGUGCAAGGAACGUGGUAUCUCGGCGCGCUGUUUCUACCACCCGGCUCCCCUGACACGAACAAGAGCGAGACAGAUUUUCCCGCUGGCAGAAGGGGUCCCAUUUGACCGUGCGGCCCUAAGCAGCAUUAGAAAUUCUCCUUCCGGAGAAACGUCCUUUAAUGCAAACAUACCCUCGACAUCCAAGGACCAUACAUCGUCGCCAGACCAAACAUCAAGGUCGAAACCGCUGUUGGCGGGAUACUUUGGUCCCACAAGCUUUGUGUCUCCUCUGACCGACGAUGUGGAUCUUGUAUCUGCUGGCCAGGGCUUUGAUGUUGUCGAGGGUACUCAGCGCGUCCUGCCGCCAUAUUGGGUCCAAAAGAUCUCAGAGAUUCUUUUGACCCUGGGGGAUUUCUCGGCAAUCGAGUCGCUGCUGCGUGAGUACUAUGACCUGAGUCAGAGUGCCGCGAUCCCUGCACCGUUUAUUUUGAACAGCAUCGGUCCUUUCAAGACAAUGUGUGAAGAAUGUGUCCGCAUGAGAAACAUCGAGGACUUGACUUCAUCGAUAACCGUUCGCAUCAUCCAAAAUACAGCCGAGAUAUUUGAGGUCCCUUCAACCAUGGCUGGGAAGAACUUUCAUCAACUCUUCACGGGCCGAGCCAUCCGCUUGGAAAUGAUCGGAGUCAUCUGUUCUCUAGCUGGUAGGGCACGGUAUCUGGGGUUGUCUCGUGAUAAAUUCGAUAGCCAGUCAUCGCCUAUCCAAUAUGCGCGAAAGAUGCUGGCGGCUAGUGAUGCUGCCUUGUACAUUUCCAAGAUUCUUACGCCACUGAAUGAUCUAACGAUUUGGCUUGUGCAUGAGAACCUUUUGCUUUCCGACUUGAUCAACGGGGACUCAAGCCCUCAUUGUUGGAGCCGACUGGGCGACCUAUCAACGGAUAUCUUCGCACUAGGGCUUCAUCGUGACGCGAAAACCGACCAACUUCCAGAGUUCCUUUUCGAAGCGCGACGUAGGCAAUUUGCAGCGGCAUAUCAACUUGAUAAAAGCAUCGCCACGUUUCUUGGACGGCCCCCCAGGAUACCUUUGCGUUAUUCUGAUUGCCGGAUGCCUCUCGAUAUCAGCGAUGAUGCACUUGCACCCGAAGAUACAAAUCUUCAAUUUUCUCCAACCGACCUUGAUGCUAACAAUUGGAACGUUCAUGGCGUGUUUCAACGUUCUUCAUGGAUGAGAGUGCGGUUCAUUAUUAGUAUGUUCCGUGACGAGAUACUCGAGGUCUCAUUACAAAAAGUCAUGCCACAAACGGCGAAUCUGCUGAACGACAUAUCCCACCGCUGUCAUUUGGCAUGGGAGUCCCUGCCUGCACAUCUGCGGUACACGCCACAUUGCUGGGGAAACAAAUAUCCAACGGCAGUGUGUCUGCUUCUCAUUGUUUCUUAUCUAGCAUAUCUUUACAACGAUUUCCUCAUUCAGAGGCUACUAGCUGGAAAGAAGAAUCCACGAGGAAGCCCUGCCUUGCUGUCCGUAAGUGCAGAGAUAUUAUCCUCUGUUCUGACCAUUGGAGCGCAGAGAGAGCAAAUGGUCGACAUUCGACCUGACUUUACCUGGACGAUUCUUCUCUACGGCUUUCCAAGCGCCAGCCUUUUGAUAAAAGCCCUCCAACACCAAAAGCGGACUGGUGAGCCCUUCCUCUAUGAAGGCUCGCGGUCAGCCUUGCUUCGUAACUUGAGCGUCUUCAUAUCCCACCUCGAGACCAUCGUGCGACCGGACAACUCAAACUACGCACUGUUCCAAAGAGCAAGCCAAGUGUUUUCCCAAAUCAUUGACGAAGUUCUUGAGCCUCAAGAUACCGUCGUGGAUGCCGACAGAAGUGAUGCAUUACUCUUUGACUUUGAGCAGAUGAUCCCCGUGGACGGCCUGGACCUGUUCAAUACCAUGGACUUUGGGGUUGCCUUUAACCAAUGGUUAUUUUGA